AUGGUCACGCAUGCCCUCAUAUUCGCAUUCGCCUCGGUUCACUACGCCAUGAAGGACAGCUUGCAAGGCGCCAGAGAUAUUUUCGGCUUUACAUUUGUCAUUGCGCGUGCAUCUGCGGUUGUUUUACACGUCGACGUCGGCAUCAUCCUUUUUCCGGUUUGCCGAACACUCAUUUCGCUCAUGCGCCAGACUCCUCUUAACGGAAUUAUUCAGUUCGACAAGAAUAUCACAUUUCACAUUACGACGGCGUGGUCCAUCGUCUUCUUUUCAUGGGUUCACACGAUAGCCCACUGGAACAACUUUGCCCAGGUUGCGGCCAAGAACAAGCUAGGCUUCUACGGAUGGCUUUUGGCCAACUUUGCGUCUGGACCUGGCUGGACAGGCUACGUGAUGCUUAUCGCCCUGAUGGGCAUGGUUAUUACGUCUGUGGAGAAGCCACGGAGAGCAAACUAUGAGCGUUUCUGGUAUACUCACCACAUGUUCAUCGUCUUUUUCUUCUUCUGGUCCCUGCACGGUGCGUUCUGCAUGAUUCAACCAGAUGUGGCCCCUUUCUGCACCAGCAUUGGCGCCUCGGCUAUUGGCGUGUUCUGGCAAUAUUGGAUGUACUCUGGCUUCGUCUACUUGGCGGAGCGGAUUGCUCGCGAGUUACGCGGUCGCCACAAAACGUACAUCUCAAAAGUCAUACAGCACCCGAGCCAAGUGUGUGAGAUCCAAAUCAAGAAGCAAAACACAAAGACUCGCGCUGGCCAGUACAUUUUCUUCUGCUGUCCCGCUGUGUCACUUUGGCAGUAUCACCCAUUCACGCUCACCAGUGCUCCCGAGGAGGAUUACAUUUCAAUUCAUAUGAGAUGCCAGGGUGACUUCACGAUGGCCGUCUCCAAGGCCCUUGGCUGUGAAUGGGACAAGAAGGCAGACACGAGCAAGGUUGUUGGCGUUGAUAGAGACCAAAACGGUGUCAACCCUGCGCUGCAAAGAGUCUUGCCACGAGUCUACGUUGAUGGACCGUUUGGAUCAGCCUCGGAGGACGUUUUCAAAUACGAAGUGUCUAUCCUCGUUGGUGCUGGUAUCGGCGUCACUCCUUUUGCUUCUAUCCUCAAGUCAAUCUGGUACCGAAUGAACUACCCACAGAAGAAGACGCGUUUAUCCAAAGUGUACUUCUUCUGGAUUUGCCGAGACUUUGGUUCAUUCGAGUGGUUCCGGUCACUGCUUCUGGCAGUUGAAGCUCAAGAUCUUGAACACCGCAUUGAAAUCCACACAUAUUUGACAGCCAAGAUCAAGUCUGACGAUGCCACAAACAUCAUGAUUAAUGACGCCAACGCCGACAAGGACACUAUCACAGGUCUGAGGAGUCCGACCAACUUUGGGCGACCAAACUGGGACAUGAUCUUCCGCGGCGUCAGGAAAUUGCACAGUCCUGGUGAAGCUGGUGUCUUUUUCUGUGGUCCCAAGGGUCUGGGCAGUGCCCUGCACGUAUACUGCAACAAGUAUACCGAGCCAGGGUAUGUUGAAUCCUCCCUCAACAUUACAAACAGUGUGCUAUGCUAA